AUGGGUGUUUGUAAAAGAGCAGUCACGUUUGACACUCCAUUUUAUAUGUGGAAUGGAUGGGAUUUUAUAAACGUGAUAGGACUUCUUAUUGCAAUUGGAUUAUUCUACUAUGCUUAUAUUCACAUUCACGCCCGCCCCCCUUCCAAACGGGUUCCCUGUUCCACUCACAGGAAACCAGUUUCCUCUUACACGCGUAUAUCCAUAACCGUAGGAAUUCCUCGAAGAGACUUCGAUCAACUGCAGUUUCGAAGUAUUUCUCGCUGAACGACCGCAUGGAGAUAAUCGCUCGUAAAUGAAAGCAAAUCACGCGAUUUGCUUGUUCAACGUCGUCUCUCGAGUUUCCUGGAACAAUUUAGUCUAAUAAUCGAAAAAAAUACGUAGCGGGAAUCUCAGAGAAUCUCGUGGAUGCACCUUAUGGAAUUAUGCACCAUAUAUAAAUGAUCACGAUCUGGUUCUUUGAGGAAAGUACAAGUUAAUAACUGACCAGAGAGGGAAGUUGAACUCUAUUGCAGCUUGUUAUCGAGAAUGCUAAUACACGAAUAAUUCCCAAGGCUAGAGAAACCUUUUCAAACAUUGACUCAUAUUUUACGCAGUGUUUUCGGUGAAUAUUGAAAAUAUCGGGAAACCGGCGCGACUGUUUAUUGUAUCGUUGUACGUACAAACAGCUGGAACAUGUUGUAUUAUUAUUAUUCUCUGGCUAUUAAUCUAUCCAUUCACGAAUUAAAGCUUUUGUACUGUUCACUUUUCGACGAAGUAUUAAAAAAUUAUUUGAGGUAAUAAUUCCCGUGUGAAAAGAUUGAAUAUGCUUGGAUACGCCUCGCCGCGAUUUGUGCCACUUUCGUCGCGUCUUCAAUUCAUUGUUCAACGAUGCACCCAACCAUACUUGCUUUCAUCGCUAGCCUUUUAAUUGUAUUCAAUUAGGCUCAACUAGCCACAGAGUUCAACUUGAACAUACAAAAGGACAAUUUGCACCAAACGCGUCGAAUGUUUGUGGCAGCGGUUACAAAUUAGUCAGAGUGAUCAUGAUUAGUCAGAAAUUACCCGUUAUUUGACCGCUCAUCGUUCAUUCCAGUUAACAUAUGGAGUGCGCGACCCACGUGCCGACGCGAAGUGCGUCUACACCUGUCGCUUAAUAUCUACAGGUCACCAUUUCAUCGUUUUUCUUCAUCUAUCUAAAGAUAAUUUAUCGCGUACUGGAAAUAAUUACAACGAGAUACAAUGUAACAAUUAAAAGGAUUAUUAGAGCAGCCUUGAAUAGUGAGAUCUACGUAAAAGAAUCAAGAUAAUUCAUUGUUGUUUUUCUUUUGAAGAUCUGAACUGGAAAAAUUAUUCGACCUACGUGAGAUACGUUUUUUUUUUUAUUUUCGCUACUUGAUAGAAGAACGUAUGCGGAUUGUUACGUAAUCGUGAGAGACUUUGUAACAUAUGGAUUAAUGUAAUGCACGUGCUUCUGCACCGCCGCCAUAUUGGAACAUUUGAUAGAUCUUCGAUGAACGUUUAAUUCGUGCAUUCUUAUUAAAAAAUUAUAUCGCUGGUAUAUUUUUCCAUAUACAUACUGAUUCUUUGUGCUUUGAAUCGAAACGAGAAUGCAAACCUACUCACCAUGGCGAACGACCUUCAAAUGAACACCGUUACAUUGCGGGACUUUUUGCGAAUAGUCUAAGAAAACUCUGACUUCUUAAUUUCGAAAUUGCGGUAGAGUACUUGCGUAACUGGCUCACAUACCAUUACCUCAAAAAUUCUAUAAACACCGAAGAAAAUUUUUCUGUUUGUUUCAUCUUUAGUUUUCUUUCAAUUUUUGGAACGUAAAGGUCAAAACGUUGCAUGUGAACAGACAGAAAGAAGUUUUAAAAAAUUCAGAUGAACUCGGGAACAUUUUAUUUUUAAAUUCUUACCGGGAAAAUCAUUCGAUAAAAACAUUCGCAUGCAUGUUUUGAUUCAACUUAAUAAAUUUUCGGAUUUUUUUCGGUUAAUUCUGUAUUGGAUAGGUGUGAAUAAUCGGUACGAGAAUAUUCUAUGUGCAAAAAUAAAUAAAAAGUGUAAGAAUAAAAUUUUUUCGUUUUAGGCGUCAUUUUCAAGACAUAAUAGAUUUUCAAACUCGAUUUUCU